AUGGCCAGCCAGGUGCUGCCAACUCCACCCCUCCACCUCGACCCGCUCUCCAAUGUCAACAUGACGAACGGGGCUCCGAUUACCACGGUGCUGAUCACCCCAGCUGAACAGUUCAACUACACCUUGAUGACUCUGUUCAUCUUCUUCUUCGUCUUUCGAUAUCUCCGCACGGUGGUCUCGAUCUUCACUUGGUUUUCUUGGUCCGCCAUUCCCGUGGCCGAGAAGCCGAAGUACACUUCCCAGGAUGUUACGGUCCUGAUUCCAACGACUUUCAAGACUCCGGCAGAGCUGAUGGCUUGUAUCAAGCGUAUCCUCGCCUGCAACCCGGCCAAGGUCUUCGUGAUCACUUCGGACGACAAUGUGCACUUGGUCAAGGACAUGUGCAUUCUCCACAACUUUGGCCAGCACGAUGUGGUUGUCUUGGGUAUUGAGCACCUCAACAAGCGCAAGCAGCUUCUCCGUGCUAUUCCCCUUGUCGAAACCGAAAUCACUGUGCUCGCCGACGACGACGUCUUCUGGCCCGACGAGAACUACCUCGACUAUCUGCUUGCCGUCUUCGAAGACGACAAAGUCGGCGGCGGCGGCACUCGUCAGCGGGUACACCGCAACCUCCGCACCGAUUGGGUCAACAUGCUCGGGAUUUCAUACCUGGAGCGUCGUGUCUGGAACAACUGCACCACCAACGCCAUCGAUGGAUCGAUCUCGACUUUGUCCGGUCGUACGGCCGCAUAUCGUUCUUGCAUUCUCCAGAGCGACUCCUUCCGCUACAAGUUCCUCAACGACACUUGGCGAGGACGUCCACUGAACUCGGACGAUGACAAGUUCAUUACGAGAUUCACCUAUGGCAGCGGUUGGAAGAUCGUCAUUCAGCCAGACAAUCGGUCCGUUCUGGAAACCACCGUCGAGGCUGAUUUCCCAGGAUACCAGCAGCAGUGUCUGCGAUGGGCUCGUGCUCACUGGCGUGGCAACUUCACCGUAAUGGAAAACGAGACGUACUGGCGCUCGCUGAGAAUGUGGUGGGGCCUGUACGCAAUCUACGUGAGCAUGUGGCAGACACCGAACAUUCUGUGCGAAGGCCUCCUCGCAGGUCUCCUGUACGGCGCAGUCGGUAGCCCAUCAGUCGCCCCGCUUUUCUGGAUCGCCCUCGGUUGCUGGAUCUUCUUUGCGAAGAACCUCAAGAUGCUUCCUCACUUCUGCCGGUACCCGCAGGACAUGGUGUACAUUCCGGUACUGAUGUUGUUCUCGUAUUACCACGGGUACCUCAAUGUCAAGGCUUUGUGCACAAUGACAACAACACAUUGGGGCAACAAACAGUUGUCCGAAGAAGAGAAGCCUCGAGUUCGGCCUGACCAGAUCCCAGACUUGGUUCGCAACGCAAGGGUAUGGCUGACCAAGAAACCAAAGUGUUCAAUUGACUAA